AUGGAGUUACCCAGCAGAAGCAAUACCCAGAAAGACAGCCGUCCUACCAUGGAGAUGGAGUUACCCAGCGGCAGCAACAAUAACAACAAUACCCGAAAAGGCAGCCGUCCGACCAUGAAGAUGGAGUUACCAAGCAGCUGCAAUAACCGAAAAGGCAGCCGUCCUACCAUGAAGAUGGAGUUACCCAGCAGCAGCAAUACCCAGGAAAGCAGCCGUCCUACCAUGGAGAUGGAGUUACCCAGCAACAGCAACAAAAACAACAAUACCCGAAAAGGCAGCCGUCCGACCAUGAAGAUGAAGUUACCGGGCAGCAGCAGUAGCAGCAGCAGCAGCAGCAGCAGCAGCAAUACCCGGAAAGUCAGCCGUCCUACCAUGGAGAUGGAGUUACUCAGCAGCAGCAGCAACAACAACAAAACCCGAAAAGGCAGCCGUCCGACCAUAAAGAUGGAGUUACCCAGCAGCAGCAAUACCCGGAAAGGCCCCCGUCCUACCAUGAAGAUGGAGUUACCCAACAGCAGCAAUACCCGGAAAGGCAGCCGUCCUACCAUGAAGAUGGAGUUACACAACAGCAGUAAUACCCGAAAAGGCAGCCGUCCGACCAUGAAGAUGGAGUUACCCAGCAGCAGCAGCAGCAGCAGCAAUACCCGGAAAGGCACCCGUUCUACCAUGAAGAUGGAGUUACCCAGCAGCAGCAAUACCCGGAAAGGCCCCCGUCCUACCAUGAAGAUGGAGUUACCCAACAGCAGCAAUACCCGGAAAGGCAGCCGUCCUACCAUGAAGAUGGAGGUACCCAGCAGCAGCAAUACCCGGAAAGGCCCCCGUCCUACAAUGAAGAUGGAGUUACCCAACAGCAGCAAUACCCGGAAAGGCAACCGUCCUACCAUGAAGAUGGAGUUACCCAGCAGCAGCAAUACCCGGAAAGGCAACCGUCCUACCAUGAAGAUAGAGUUACCCAGAAGCAGCAGCAGCAAUUCCCGGAAAGACACCCGUCCUACCAUGAAGAUGGAGUUACCCAGCAGCAGCAAUACCCGGAAAGGCAGCCGUCCUACCAUGAAGAUGGAGUUACCCAACAGCAGCAGCAGCAGCAGCAAUACCCGAAAAGGCAACCGUCCGACCAUGAAGAUGGAGUUACCCAGCAGCAGCAGCAGCAAUACCCGGAAAUGCACCCGUCCUACCAUGAAGAUUGAGUUACCCAGCAGCAGCAAUACCCGGAAAGGCACCCGUCCUACCAGGAAGAUGGAGUUACCCAGCAGCAGCAGCAGCAGCAGCAAUACCCAGAAAGGCAGCCGUCCUACCAUGAAGAUGGAGUUACCCAGCAGCAGCCCUCAACACCCCUUCACUGCAAAUGUGUCGGGACCGACGUCUUGUGGGAAGACUUACUUUGUAAAGACUUUACUACAAAACUGUUUGACAAAAUAA